CCUGACGUUAACGGCAAAUCACCGCAACAACGUACUCUUAACACCGCGUGCUAUUAGUUAACUUCAUUGACAUAAACAAAUAAUCCAUUUAACGGAUUAGUGCACUUCCACGAAAUCAGUAUAAACGUCCUUGUCGCUUAGAAUAUCUUUAAGUAUAAAAUCAUAAGUGAUAUAAGUGGUGAUAUUAUUAAUUGUGCUCGUCGAAAUGAGACAUAAAGACUCUGUGUUCGUUGUUGGGGUGAUAACUCUGCUUCAAAUUGCCUACAGCAAUGCUGCAAAUUCGUUCAUAUUCGUGUCCCCAAACGUGUUCCGGCCUGGGAACGAGUAUAUCGUGCACGGGAAGCUGCUGGCGGCCCCGGGCAGCCCCGUCACUAUCACCGCCAAUCUUUUCGGCAAGGAGACGGUGGCCAUUGAAUCCAUUACCACACAGAAUCAGUCCGAUAUAAAGAUAAAUCUCCAGAUUCCUUUAAACCUGGUGACUGACAGUUUCCGGUUGGAGGUGAGAGGGACGGGCGGACUGACCUUCAGAAAAGUCAAGGACAUCUCCUUGGAAACCAAGGUCACCGACUUAUACAUACAGACCGACAAAUCCAUCUACAAGCCGGGACAAACAGUGCAUUUCCGUGUGUUUGGGAUUAUCCCGGACCUCCGAGUGGUCAUCGAAGACGUGAACGUGGAGCUGUUUGACCCUAAAGGUAACAAGAUAAACCAGUGGUCAGUAAGUGCGACUGAGCUGUCCAGUGUUGGCGGGGUUUACGUCCAGGAGCAGGCCAUGUCUGACAAGCCAGUACUCGGCACCUGGAAAAUCAAGGCCAAGUUACUCUCCAACGAGGGCGAUUUGCAGGAAAAGACAUUUGUUGUUGACGAAUACGUGCUGCCUAAGUUUGAGGUAGAGCUUGACCUUCCGGCCUUCGGACGGACCCAGGAGAAGGGCAUUACGGGAAAUAUCAAAGCCAAAUACACGUUCGGGAAGCCGGUGAAAGGCGAGGUGGAGCUCCGUAUCCGGCCCGCUGUGGAGCGCUUUGAGUUGCGGAAUAGUGAGAAGGUCAAAAUCAGCUCAGGGAUAGAGAUGAAGUUCCCGAUCGACGGGAAGGCGAGUUUCACGGUGGCGACGUCACGUCUAGAGGAAGUAGAACGUUUCCUGGACGGCAAAACACUUGUUUUUGAGGCAAAUGUAACCGAGAGUGUCACGAAACUGCGACAGAACGACUUGCAGGAAUUGACCUUCUACCGACAACCUAUACAACUCGAAUUUCCUAAAUCACUGCCGGAAACAUUCAAGCCGGGAAUGACCUACGACGCUGUGGUAAAGGUAUCUCAGCGGGACGGAUCACCCCCAGACGCGGUGAACGGGGAGCUCAGGGUCACCAUCACCGAGUACCGAAAACCCUUACCAGUCCGGCCACAGCAGUUGACCCUUAGACGGUCCAACCUACCCGGCUUCCUACCCCGACCGCCGCAGAGGAGUUGGAUGGGGUCUGAACCUUUGACUCUCAGGCGGUCAAACCUCCCCGACUUCCUACCCGACUUCAGACAGCCGUCCAUGGGACCACAGCCCCUGCUGCGGAGGCGGAGAAGGACGGAGUCUGAGCGCCUCCCACCGGUUUCCUACACGAUACCGGCUGACGGCAUUGUGGAGUUCUCAUUCACUACGGACAUCCGCCUGGAGAGCGUCAUAGUCAAGGCGGAGUAUAAGGACGCAUCUAUAUCGCGGACGUUCAAGAGGCGGCAUUCCCCAAGUGACAACUUCCUGCAGCUCCGGUCCACCACCCUCAACCCAACGGCUUGGCAGGAUGCAGAGUUCAACAUCAAGACCACAGAACAUGUCGACCAUCUAACUUACCAGGUUUACUCCCGGGGGAUGUUAGUGGAUGCCGGAACCAUUCGAAUGAGCGGGAAGAAGACAACAUGGGGACUUCCGGUGACGUCAAGCAUGGCACCACGUGCGCGUGUUGUCGCCUUCUACGUUCGAUCGAACGGCGAGGUUGUUGCCGACUCUUUAACCAUUAAUGUGGAAGGCGUCUUUGAAAACAAGGUCAGCGUUAGUUUCAACAAGACAGAAGCGCAACCUGCUGACAUAAUACGUUUUGACGUGAAAGCCGACGUUGGUUCCAUCGUCAACGUUCUGGGCGUCGACAAGAGCGUGCUGCUGAUGGGAACCGGAAAUGACAUCACUACGUCACAGGUUAUCGCCGAUUUGAACGACUACUCUCUCAAGUCGAUGCGGACCGGAAGACAGCGGCCGGUGUGUGACUGGUUAUGCUUGCGGUCGCCUGUCUCCGUUGGCGGCGAGGACACCAAGGACAUAUUUGACGAUGCUGGUGUUCUUGUUUUUACCGACGCCGAAAUAUAUGAGCAUAUACCUGCGGUCAAACCAGUCCCAAGGCUCGGGGGGUUUUCUGGCGGAUCCAGGGGUGUUGGCGGCGGGGGUGUUGGCGUCGAGCAGUCGUUAGCGUUCGGCGGCAGCGGUGGUGGUGGUGGCUUACAAAUGGUAAGUCUCGAUAGAUCUAUGAAUGGAAUUAUGAUGAUGGCAGAUUCUGCACCGGAGCCGGUGUCAUUUGGAGUGGAGUUCGAUAGCCAGGAGAUGGGCGAUAUUGUGCCUUUUGCGGAGCUGGUACCUGUACGGCGGACCCGGAAACUGUUCCCGGAGACAUGGUUGUGGCGCAGCGAAAUAGUCGAGUCUAAUGGGUUUGCACGCAUCGAGGAGACGGUCCCUGACGCCAUCACCUCAUGGAUCGCAACGGCCUUCGCCGUCCAUCCGGACACCGGCCUCGGGGUCGCACAGGAAACCACUCAGCUGCAAGUGUCCCUGCCGUUUUUCGUGGCAGUGAGCAUGCCUUACUCCGUAACCCGAGGCGAGAAGGUCAUACUGCAGGUCAACAUCCACAACUACCGAUCCAAACGGCUCAUGACACACGUGAUCUUAAAGAAGAGCGAGGACUUUGACAAUAUCGUUAUUGAUGGGACAUUUCAGUCCAGAUCAUCGCUUGACGUGCGCAGAAUUAUAUCGGUGGGUUCGGACGAGGUUGUGGCUGUGUAUUUCCCGAUAGUGGCCAAGACGAUCGGCCUGAUCGACAUCUCUGUGAGGGCCCGGACUAGGAUGAGCGCGGACGCAGUGCACAAAAAACUACUCGUCGAGGCGGAGGGUUCCCCGCGCGAAUACAACGUCCCGUUUGUGGUUGAUCUGAAGACAACUGGAACACAGAGCAAAACUGUCAACGUAGAGUACCCCCUGAGGACGGUGGUCGGCUCUGAAAGGGUCAAGGUCACGGCCGUGGCGGAUCUGAUGGGCCCAAGUAUCAGCGGCCUCGACAAGCUGCUGAAGCUGCCUACCGGAUGUGGAGAACAAAACAUGCUCAACUUCGCCCCAAACAUUUUCGUCAUUAAGUACCUGGAGGCGACUGAUAACCUCGACGCAACCAUCAUGAACAAAGCAAAGAAGUUUAUGGAAACAGGUUACCAGCGCGAGUUGACUUACAGGCACAGUGACGGCUCGUUCAGCGCGUUCGGGGACCGUGACAAGUCGGGCAGCACGUGGCUAACGGCCUUCGUGAUAAAGUCCUUCGUACAGGCCAUGGACUACGUGUUCGUAGACGAAAAAGUUAUCCACAAGGCCGUGAACUGGCUCGUCGACCAGCAGAAUGCGGACGGCACCUUUAAUGAACCGGGAAAGGUGCUCAGCAAGGAAAUGCAGGGUGGCUCCAUAGGAGGACAGACUUCCCUUACAGCGUACGUGCUGAUAUCCUUACUGGAGGCCAGAUCCGUACAGGGGGUGUCCACAAAAACUUCAGUAGCACGAUCGAAUUCCCAGACAUACCUCGAGGGACAAAUAAGUCAGAUUACGAAUGUGUAUGACCUUGCGAUUGUCGGAUAUGCCCUCCAAAUGGCCGGGAGUUCCAAGGCCGACGAUGCGUGGACCAAGUUGGAUAACAAAGCCAUCGAGCGAGACGGUACCAAACACUGGGAGAAGGCUAGCCAAACCAACACGGACAGCAAGCCGUGGGCGAACCGGAAGGGAAAGGCGGUGAACGUGGAAUUGACGUCAUACGCGCUACUGACACUCGCCCAACGGAAGGACAUCGCCAACGGCGUACAGGUGCUCAAGUGGCUGACCACCCAGAGGAACGCGCAUGGAGGAUUCCACUCCACACAGGACACAGUGAUAGCCCUUCAGGGUCUUUCGGAGAUCGCGGCCCUCGUAUUCUCAAAGAACGUUGCCAUGACAAUCGCCAUCUCGGGAAAGGGAUAUGAAAACUCUAUAACCAUCGAUAACACGAACGCCCGCGUUCUACAGACUAGAGAUCUGCCAGCAGACGUCGGGCCUGUAACCCUAACGGCAACCGGGAUGGGACUUGCGCUGGCACAGGUGGAGGUAUCGUACAACAUUGACGACGACGACCAGAAGAAGAGCUUCAGACUCACUGUGAACGUUCCCAGGGAAACCGCCAACGAAUUCGACGUCACCGUCUGUGCAAGUUGGCAAGAGGAAGGUUCCAGCUCGAUGGCGCUGAUUGAGAUUGGCAUUCCAUCCGGGUUCUUCGCAGAUCUCGUCGAGUCCACGCCCAAAUACAAAGACAUCGACUAUCCUCCCCGCAAAAUCGUCCUCUACUUCGAUGAGAUCGGAUCAGGGGAGACAUGCGUGUCGGCGACCAUGUACCGGUUAGAUCUAGUGGCGGGCGCCCGACCCGUCGCCGUCACCGUCCUGGACUACUAUGACCCAGGUAAACAAGUGACGGAGUUUUUUGUGCCCAAGGCUGUGAGCGAGUCGGAGGUUUGCGAUGUAUGUGGAGCGGAGUGUGACUUUUGUCGUCCCUAGAUGGCCAACAGACAUUCCACGACUGCAGAGCAUUAUUAAUUAUCCACCUCUUAAAUUUAUAUAUCUCUUACACCUGUAUAUUUAUUUACAAUAAAUGUUAUAAUCAA